AUGGAAAGGAUAGAUGUUUACGACAUAUUGCUAACGGUGCUCAGUAUCACCAUCAAGUACAACGAAUAUGCGACAGACAAGGGCGGCAAUAUUAGCAUACCGUGCAUAGCACAGGGCAACAUUAUGUGGGUCAAGGAGCACGGCAGCAAUAGCACCAUUAUACAGACGGGUCGUAUAUUGGUGUUGCGCAAUGUGAGCACCUCGGACAGUGGCAUUUAUGUCUGCUUUGCAACGGUGCCUCUCACAACAACAACAACAUCAACAACAACAACAACGACAGCGAGACCAACAACGGCAAGGGAGUUAACCAUGCCAGCGAAAGCAGCAGAAGCAACUACCUCAGCGCCGCAGCAGGAGCAGGAGCAGGAGCUGGAGAAGGAGCAGGAGCAGGAGCGGGAGCGGGAGCUAGAGCCAACGCAGCCUGUCGAGGUAGAGGAGGAGCAGGAGUACCGGGCUUACCAGCGCAGCAAACUAACCGUGCGCACCACACCCGGCCCGGUGACCCAGCUGUACUUCAAGGCCUCCACCAUAUUGGGCUUUCUCAUCUGGCGCUUCAACAAGACCCAGUCCGGUGGCUACCCCGUGCGCAGCUUCACGGCUGAGUAUCGCAACAUCUCGUACCGUCAGCCGCCCUACAAUGCCAGCUUCGAGCACGCGUGGAGCCGCAUGGAUCCCAUCAACAUAGCGCCCAACGUGCGCCAAAUGGAGGUCUAUCGGCUGGCGCCCAACACCACCUACGAGUUUCGGAUAUGGGCCAACAAUGAGCUGGGCAGCGGCACGGUGGUCACUACCAAUGUGACAACCUUGCCCGAGACCAAGGAGGAGGAUCUCAUACGCCUUAUUAAACCCGACUUAGAUAAUUUCGAUCCGCGCAUUUGGAUAGUCGCCGUCAGCAUAGUGCUCGGAACACUUGUGAUAUUAGCCAUCGGACUCUGUAUUGUGCUCUCUAAGGAGUGCUAUCAGGCAACGCAAAUGGAACUCAAAGAUGGUUGGGACAGCAUUGAGCUUAUACCGAAUAUAAUACUUAAUCCCGGUUUCAGUGAAUCCGACGGACCCAAGAGCGUGCCGCCAUUCACGCGCACCGUCAUCUUUGGCCACAAUGGACAGCCCUACAAUGAUGAUGACGACGACGACGACGAGGAGGAGGAUCCGGAGCCGACCAUGGAAAAGUUUAAGCGCAAAGUUUCGGUAUUCUUUACAGGUCCCACCAUCAAACGUAUUUGAGAGUACAAAGUGCAAUUUACUGGCUACGCCCGUUCAGAUCUAUCUAGGUUGUUCUCGAUUGUGCUACGGUUAAACCCAAAUUAUAUACACACAUACAUACGUAUUCACAUACACUGGUACAUCAGCACAUAUAUCUGAUGUACGUAGAGCUUAUCGUUUGUGCUGCAGGCGCGAUAAUUUGAUUUUCGGUUUCAUUCGCUUCGACUAUGCUAUGUUAUCUAUCUACUGUUAAUUGUUGGACAACAUUUUUGUAACACGAACUGAACACCCCUAUGAGAAUGCUAAAAAUAGCUCGGCUCGAUUCCAAAAACUUUCCACAUUUUCGCCCAAGCUGAGGGAGAGCUCACUCUGUAGAUAAACGUGAAAUGUGUUAACAAAAGGUUGCA